UUCUUCCUCACACUCAUACUCGAUCAUUAUACAAUUUCCUUGGGAAAAAUGACUUGGUUUCUUGGUUUUGUUUUUCUCUAUUUCAUUUCUUCUGCUAAUGCUUGCGAUCGUUGUGUUUAUCAAUCUAAAGCUAGCCACCUUUAUGAUUCACCUACUACAUAUGGAGGAGCAUGUGGUUAUGGCAACGUGGCCUUGCAGUUCUCUAAUGGCUUCUUUGCAGCUGCUGUCCCUUCCCUUUAUAGACAAGGAGUUGGUUGUGGUGCUUGCUAUCAGGUGAGAUGCAAAAACAGAAGGCUUUGUAACACCAUAGGGACUAAAGUGGUGUUAACGGAUCAAAAUAAUGAUAAUGUGACAGAUCUUGUUCUUAGUAAAAGAGCUUUCUUUACAAUGGCUCUAAAUGGCAAAGGCGCAGACCUCUUGAAUCUUGGAGUUGUUGAUGUUGAAUACAAGAGGGUGGCUUGUGAAUACAAACAUAAGAAUCUGUUAGUGCAAGUGGAAGAAUCAAGCUACAAUCCAUUUUACUUGGCAAUUAAAUUCUUGUACCAAGGUGGCCAAACAGACAUGGUAGCUGUGGAUAUAGCUCAAGUAGGUACCUCAGAGUGGAGCCAUAUGAAGAGAAGUUAUGGAGCUGUUUGGGAAAUUAACAACAUACCUGAAGGCUCAUUACAAUUGAGAAUGGUUGUGACUUCUGGAUAUGAUGGAAAAUGGGUUUGGGCAAAGUCUGUACUUCCUGCUGAUUGGAAAAGUGGAGCCAUUUACGAUACUGGAGUUCAGAUCAACGACAUUGCUAAAGAGAGUUGUCCUCCAUGGCAAUGUGGUGAUAAACCAUGGAAAUGAUAACAAUAUUAAAGUUCAUAUCAAUAAUUGUGACUUUAUUUUCUCUAAACUAUAUAGGAUAAUGUGAGAAAAUCAAAAUAACAUACUCGUCUAUGGAUUAAUAAAAAGAAUUCAAUAGAAUUCUAUAAUCCAAUAAAAUUUAAAUGCAAACAGUACUUGUUAUCUUCUUUUAAUCA